AUGGUCAUCUUCAAGAAGAAUAAGAAGAAGGGCACGACAACCACUACAGCCAAACCCAAACCCAAGCCCGAACCCAAGUUCAAGCCCAUUAAAAUCGACCUACAGCGUGCCCUAGAAGCAUACAAGACCAAGCUGAAAUCCAAGUUUGCGUCUGCCGGGAAUAGCAGCAGCAACGACAGCGUCUCGGUAGCUCGUGCUCGCAGCGAUCUGUCGAGCAUGAACUCACACUUGCCGGAGCUUAUUUGCAAUUGCUCCAAGGCAUCGAAGCGUUCUAGGCGUUUCAAGCGCUGUAGACGUGAUCAUCGCCGUGAUAGGUAUGCGGAUGAGGAGGAGUGUCGGUUGUGUUCUGAUUGA